CCAAUUGUUUUAUCAGUUAAAUAUAAUAAAAGCGACAUCUCGACAGUGUUUGUUUGAUAUGGACCACAGUGCAGCCAUGAGCGAAGCUAACUACGCAGCCAUACUACACGGACCUAAUGAUGUUAGGAUUGAAAAAUGGCCGAUGCCGGAAAUCAAUGAUAAUGAGGUGCUGAUAAAGAUGGAGUGUGUGGGUGUAUGCGGCUCCGAUGUGAAGCUGUGGUCCACGGGCAAGUGUGGCUGGGACGUGCUCACCGAGCCUAUAGUCAUCGGCCACGAGGGCGCAGGUGUUGUGGCCAAGGUCGGAGCCAACGUUCGUGACCUACACGUGGGAGACAGAGUGGCCAUCGAACCGACGCAGCCUUGUCGCGCUUGCACGUUUUGCCGCACGGGCCGCUACAACCUUUGUCCUGAGCCGCGCUACUGUUCGUCUUUAGGCGCUGACGGCAACUUGGCGUCGUUCUACAAGCAUCUUCCGGACUACUGUCACAAGAUGCCCUCAAACCUGUCGAUGGAAGAAGGCGCCGCAGUGCAGCCGCUAGCGAUCGCCAUCCACGCGUGCAACCGCGCCGGCAUCCGGCUCGGGCAGCGCGUCGCCAUCUUCGGCUCCGGGCCUGUUGGCUUACUGUGUGCUAUGGCCGCACGGGCCAUGGGGGCCAGCAAGAUCCUCAUGACCGAUGUAACCCCAAAAAGGCUGGAAGUGGCUAAAGCACUGGCCGCGGACCACACUCUACUGGUGGAAAACUCCUUUUCCGAUCAGCAAACAGCUGAUAAAAUAGAAGAGUUGCUUGGCGGCCGUCCUGACGUCAGUAUCGACGCGUGUGCGUUUCCUUCUGCCACGAGAGCUGCUAUGCUGGUGACGGCGACGGGCGGCGUGGUUCUGAUAGUGGGUAUCGGCGGAGCCAGCGUCGAAGUGCCGCUCAGCAACACGAUGCUGAGAGAAGUGGAUAUACGCGGCUCCUAUCGGAUCGCUAAUACGUACCCGGCCGCCAUAUCGGCGGUGUCGAGCGGCGCCAUCGACCUGAAGAGGUUCAUCACACACCACGUGCCGCUCGCCGACACGCAACGCGCUCUACAGCUCGCGCAGAGCGGCGAGGGAAUGAAGGUCAUCGUUUACGUGCAAAAGUAAUCUAGGG